AUGCAAUCCAAUGCAGUUGGUGCUGACGGUAUAUCGAGAAAGAUAAUGAUGAACACUCUGCCAGCCCUGUCUGACUGUCUCCUGACCAUGAUGAACAAAUCAUUUGAUGACUGCAUUUUUCCCAUGAACUGGAAGCGGGCUGUCAUAGCCCCAGUAGCCAAGGUCAGCUCCCCGAAGUCACCUACUGACUAUCGACCCAUUGCUCUCUUACCGUUUCUAGCGAAAGUCCUGGAGAGACUGGAGUUUAAUCAGCUAUCAUCGUAUCUACAUGAAGACAGUCAACUUGACCCUCGUCAAUGUGGAUUCAGAUCCGAUCAUAGCACUCAGACCGCGCUGCUCAGACUCAUCAAUGAUGUCAGGAGAAAUGUUGAUAACCACAAGAUUACUGUCUUGGGGUCUAUUCUUGGUCCUCUUCUGUUCUCCCUGUUCGUCAAUGAAAUUGGGAGAAAGAUUGUUAACUCACGCUACCUCUUCUAUGCGGAUGACCUCCAGAUUUACUGCGGAUGUGAUCCCACUGAGCUUCAUCACUGCUUCGAACAACUCAAUGCUGACAUCUCUCGGAUCCAUGAUUGGGCUUUGGCUAAUGGCCUACAACUUAAUGUCAGUAAGACUACGGCCAUUGUUUUUGGAGCUAGACGCUAUAUCAACGCCGUUGAUAUGACCUCCUUGCGUCAUCUUGGCUGUGUUGGUACUGCUAUUGAAUUCGUUAGCAGUGUGAGGAACCUUGGGGUCAUCUUCGACAGCAAAUUAACUUUUGGUAACCACGUCCAGCUGGUGACUUCCAAGAUCAACUCAGCGUUCUAUCAAUUGUACAACUUAUGUCGCUACAUGGAUGAGCCUCUGCGUAAGCUGCUGGUCAAUGCCCUCAUUUUUCCUCACAUUUUCUACUGCCAGGCUGUCCUCCAAGGUGUGGGUGUUGUCCUUGACAUGCAGCUCCAACGAUUGAUCAACAGGGCUGUUCGGUUUGUGAGUGGGCUACCUCGUGAUGCGCCUAUUUCAGCAGCUAGGCGUUCCCUUCGAUGGCUAACUAUAUCUAGGUACAGGGACUCUGCUAUUGCCUCCAUCAGGUACCAAGUGCAACUUACUGGCAACCCUGCAUACCUCGCUGAACUGUUUGCUGUGUACAUCUCCACUAGACCUCUCCGCCAAGCCCUUGCGCAACAGCCUCUGGUUGUCACAAAUAACCGGGCGGACGCUGGAUUGCUGGAGAAGGUACAGGGCAUUACACUCGAUAAUGCCUCUGUUAACACUGCGUUCAUGAGAGAAUUCGGCAAAUUAUUACAUCCAAAUAACCUGUCCUUCGACGUUCAGAAUCAAGACUUCAAUGGCUUCGUCUAUAUCAUCAAUUUACUGGUUCAAGAUAUUCUAAAGAUGUAA